AUGCAAAUUACUUAAACCCAGUUAUUGGAAUGGGUUAAGGAUGGAGAUAUAAUCACUUUAAAAAACCACUUUGAACAAGAAUUGAAAUGUGCACAUAAAAAUUUAUUGGAAUUUUUUAAUAUGGUAGAUGAUUAGAAAAGAAGUGUUGUUCAUUGGGCAGCUUAUUUAGGGCAAUAUAAAUUAUUGAAAUGGUGGUGUAAAGUAUAUAAAUAAAUGAUUGAUUUGAAUAAGGGAGAUAUGCAUUCAUAUACCCCAUUGGAAUUAGCAAGCAUCAAAGGGUAUUUGAUAAAAUAAAUUAUAUUAGAUAUUCUGGAGAAUACAAUCCUGAAAAGUAAGAAAAAACAAUAAGACUAUUGGUUGAUAAUGGAGCAUCAAUACCUCGUCAAUCUACUUAUAAACCUAAUCCUUUACAUUGGGCUUGUUAUUAUGGCAAUAAAGAAUUAGUGGAUUAUUUAAUUGCAUAAAAUUUCAAUUUACAAUUGUAAACUGAGCAAUAAGGAAAUUUUCCCAUUGAUUAUUUAUUUUUAGAGAAUAGACCAGAAUAAUAUAAGUAUAUUUUAUUAAAGUAUGAAUAAGGAAAGAGGUUGGGGAUAUCUUUUAAAAUAUAGUAAUAAACUAUGCAUAUGUUACAACCAAAUAAGAAUUAAAGAGGAAAAUAAAAAAAAGAAUAUAAAGAAAAGCUACAACAAUUACAUCUUAAAUUCCAUUAAUAUAAACUUUAUAAUAAGAAGAAGAAUCAUCACCUGAAUCAGAACCAUCUAGAUAUGGAAUACCUUGUUUAAAUAUUUCAAAUAUCAAUCGAAGUUAUGCUUCCAAUUCUUUUAUCUCUAAAAAUACAAAUGUUAAAAGCACUUAAAAAACACCUCAUAGUUAAUAAGCCUUAAAAUUUUAAUAAAAAACAUCUAGUUAAAGAAUUUAAUAAAAGUUUUUAGAUGAGAUUGCAGAUAUUCCAUUAUAUGAUGAUUCUCGUAUUGAAAUGAAGGAACCAGAGGAAGAGAAAAUUCCUGAUAUUAAAGUAUUUAAUUCAAAAAAUACAAAUAAUAGUAAAAUAAUUACAGAAACAAAUUAAGAUGAACUACUAUAAAUUCAACAAUACAAUUCGAAUAAUAAUUAACCUACUUAAGUAGAGCCUAAUUUUGAAAUACCUAUACAAAGAAGAAGAAAUCAUAAAGGUAAUAAAUAAAAAAACACAUUAAUAUUCAAUACUGAUGAUUUAGAAAAAGGAUAAAAAGAAAAGUUUGUUAUUUUUCAUAAUAAAACUGUCCUAACUAUUCAUUAAAAAUAUGAAUGUAGAUUAUAAUAUUGGUCUGCAAGAUAAGGAAAUUAAGAAUUCUUUAUAUAUUUCCUAUAAAGAAAAUGCAAUCCUUUUCUCAAUGUUUAUUAAGGAUUCAAUUGUUUACAUAUUGCAGCUUACAAAGGAAAACCAAAAAUUUUAAAAACAAUUUUAGAAAAUGAUUAUGAAUAUUAUGACAGUUCAGAAGUAUUAAAUAAAAAGAGAAAGAAAGAUAUAAAGAAUCUCAAAUUUAAUAAAGUAAUAAAUUUUAAUCUAUUAGUUAAAGAAAGAAUGUAUAAAUAUUCUUACUGAUUAAAAUCCAUCAAAUGCUCUUCAUUUAGCUAUUGAAUAAGAAAAAUAUCAUUGUAUGAAAACACUAAUCUCACAUGGAAUAUCAGUAGAUGCAGUUAAUAGUAGAUGUUUGAAACCUUUUGAAUUAACUUAUAAUUCAAAAUUUAUGGAAUUCUAUGAAGAAAAUAUCUAAGUUAAAUAAGAGAUAAAAAGUUUAACAGAAUUAGGAUAUUAAUAUGUAAUUUAAACAAAAGGAACACAAAAUGUAGAUCAAGAUAUCGUUUAUUUAUAAUUAUAAAAUAUAAGAUAAACAUUUAAAGAAAGAGGAUGGAGUUUUGAAUUUUUAAUUUUCCAUUCUCCAAAUUUAGAUUAAUUAGAAUAAUAUCAUGAGAAUUCUGAUAAUAAAAAGAUUAAACCGUUAUAUCAUUAUUAUGUUUUGAAACUUCCUCCAGAUUCUAUAUACAGAUUAGCUGAUCUUUAUGAAAUAUCUUGUUAUAAUUUUUAAACAAAAGUAAAAAAUGAAUAAAUAAAAUUAGUAUAUUUGUUAGUUCAAUUACUAGAAGAGCAGAUUUUUUGAAUUUCCAAAAGAUUUGUAAGUAUAAAUGUUAAUAUUGAAAACUUUGAAUGAUGAAUUCGAUGUUGAUAAGUUUGUUUUAGAAUAAUUAAUUAUUUCUCAUUUUCCCUUAGAAGAUAAAUAAAAAUGUGAAAAGAUUACUCAAUUUUGGGAUGAAUAACAAAAUAAUUGUAUUCGUGAUUCCUUCCGAUAUGAAACAUAAUAAAUUGCAUUAAGACCAUUGCAUGCCAUAUCCUCUUAUUUUGGCCCAGUAGUUGCAUGGUAUAUAGCUUUAAAUGUUCAAAUAAUAGGCUGGCUGAUUAUUCCAUCUCUUUUUGGAGCAGCUUUAGGAAUUUAUAUUAUAAUAAUUCAAUAAGUAAAGUAAAAAUAUAAAAUAUAUAAGUUCAUCUAUUGUUCCAUUCUAUGCUUUACUUAUGACUCUCUGGUCUACUUUGUUUAUGGAGAAAUGGAAGAAUAGAGAAUCAGAAUUAAAAUUUUGUUGGGAUAUGCACAAAUUCAAAUAAACUCAACCUUAAAGGGUUAUGUAUACUGGAUAAUAUAUUAUUAAUGAAGCUAAUAAUAAAAUUUAAAUCUAUGAUUAUUUUACUACUUUUAAAAGGAGAUUGAUUGCAGAAGGUCCUGUUAUUUUAAUUGGGAUUGCUAUUAUUGUAUUGAGUUUUUAUGCUUUCAAUCUUUGGUUAAAAGAAUAUUAAAAUGAUCCAAUUAUGCCUAUUGUAAUAAACUCAUUGAAUGGAGUAUCUAUGACGGUUUUCUGUGAUUUAUAUAAAAGGUUAUGUAAAUCUUUGGUAAGUUGGGAAAAUCAUAUGUAUGAAACUGAAUAAGAAUAUUCUUAUAUUUUAAAAGUCUUCUUAUUUGAAUUUCUCAUUUCCUAUGUUUCAGUUGUUUAUGUAGCAAUUUUUGAAAGUGAUGCAAGUUCAUUAAGUGUAUCAGUAGCUAGUAUUAUAAUUACAAGAGGAGUUAUUUCUAAUGUAAAAAGUAAUUUAUUACCUUUUGCCAUAUUUAAAUUUGAAAAACGUUUAUUAUCUAAAUUGUUUUCUGAAUUUAAAUUGUUAUUUGCAAAAAGAAUUUAAGAAAAAAAAAGCAUACCUAAAAUAUGUAAUUAAGUUUUCUCAUCAGAAAGAUUAAAUUAUGAUUAAUAACUACUCUUCUUACAAGAAUUAGAAAUUAGUAGAAUCAAAGGCCCUUAAAAACUACUCUAUGAUGAAUACACAAGUAUUGCAAUAUAAUUUGGAUAUACUACAAUGUUUGCUCCAACUUUUCCAGCAGCUCCCUUAUUCUUUAUGAUUAACUGCUAUAUCAAUCUAAGAUCAUCAAUAUAUAAUUACUAACACAUCUUAAAGAGAGAAAGAGCCUAAGCUGCUGAUUCUAUAGGAAUUUGGUUACAAAUAUUUGAAAUCUUAAAUUAUUGCGCAACUUUCAUGAAUUGCAUUGUAAUUGGAACUGUUAAUAAAGAACAAUUCAAAGGAAUCAUUGGUAAUUAGGAUGCCCUUUAUAGUGCUUUUUUUCUAGCUGCAAUUGAACAUAUUUUACUCUUAAUUAAAUACAUUUUAGAUGUGUCCAUUCCUGAUACUCCUUAUUGGGUAGAAAAAGAAUUAAGGCGUUACGAAUAUUUAGAAGAAAAAUAUUAGAAAAUUAUCAUAUGA